AGUUUCAUGAUGGUGCUUAUCUGUCUCAUAUUUAGUGUGUUGUCUACAAUAGCUCAGUACACAAGUUUUGCCAACGAAACCCUCUUCUGGAUGGAGAUUGUUUUAGUGGUAUUUUUUGGUCUGGAAUAUGUCAUACGCCUGUGGUCUGCUGGAUGUCGUAGUAAAUAUAUGGGCAUGAAAGGGAGGCUACGUUUUGCAAGGAAACCCAUCUCUAUUAUAGAUUUUCUUGUGGUCUCAGCAUCAGUCGUGGUACUGUCAGCAGGCUCUGAGGGUCAAGUGUUUGCCACUUCAGCAAUCAGGGGUGUGAGAUUUUUACAAAUUUUACGAAUGCUCCAUGUAGAUCGACAAGGAGGCACAUGGCGUCUCUUAGGAUCUGUAGUAUAUAUACAUAGACAGGAACUGAUAACAACAUUGUACAUAGGGUUUUUAGGUCUCAUAUUCUCAUCCUACUUCGUCUACCUCGCCGAAAAAGACUUCGUAUCAGAGGAUGGUGUUACUCACUUCACAAGCUAUGCAGACGCCCUCUGGUGGGGAGUGAUUACUGUGACAACCAUUGGGUAUGGUGACACUGUACCUAUGACCUGGAUGGGGAGAAUUGUGGCUUCAUGCUUCUCUGUCUUUGCCAUCUCAUUCUUUGCUCUCCCAGCUGGUAUUUUGGGAUCAGGGUUUGCUUUGAAAGUUCAACAGAAACAGAGACAGAAACACUUUAACAGACAAAUUCCUACAGCUGCUGCACUAAUACAGAGCUUGUGGAGGUGUUAUGCUGCAGAGCCUGGUUUUAACUCGAAUGCCACCUGGACAAUGCACCUUGACAAGCACUAUAAGGCAUACUAUGCCAAUAAUUCCUCAGCAUCUCCUUUUGCUCGCAUGGCCCGUCGCACGAGCUUUCUGAAGAAACGCCGCUGCUCACGGUCUACAGGCAAUAGAGUAUUCGACAGACAUGAAAGUGUCAGUUCUAUAUCAGGGUACCUGGAGCCCAAUAAACCAGGUACUCCCAAUAAAUCCCCUAUAGGCUCCAUCGGGCUGCCAUCUCAGGAUGUUUUAGAAUUCUUCGCCGAUGAGGGAGAUGAAAAUGAAGUGAUAUCAAAGCCAGAACAACUCACAGAAGCUCAUAAAACUAUGAUUCGAGUAAUACGAAAGAUUAAAUUUUUUGUUGCCAGAAGAAAAUUUCAGCAAGCAAGAAAGCCAUAUGAUGUACGUGAUGUGAUAGAACAGUAUUCUCAGGGACACCUCAACAUGAUGGUCCGUAUAAAGGAGCUUCAAAGGAGACUGGACCAGACUUUAGGUAAACCCCUCUACACUGGGUCUAAGGAAAACAAAGAAAAGGCUACAGUGUGUUCUAGGGUGGCAUCUAUAGAAAACCAGGUGAAUCACCUUGACAAAAAGAUGGACCAGGUCCUGUUGUUGAUGAAUCUUUUGGUGAAGUCUCAGAGUAAUACCCAGAAAACAGGCUCCACAAGCUCUUAACACCAGCCAACCAUGAUAUUGGCCAACCAGGGCCCUUCACAUUACAUUCCAGUACGUUUCCAUGGCAUCUUAAGUCCUCACCAGAGGCAACAGACUUUGGAUUAACAGAUGUAUACAGGUGUAGGUAUCAGUAGGGCAGAUGUUUGAUACCCAGGCAGCCUAGAUAAGAGAUAGCCUCCGGGCAACAAGGCGGUCACAUAUUGAGGGCAGACAUUUGAUACCCAGGCAGCCUAGAUAAGAAACAGCCUCCGGGCAACAAGGCGGUCACAUAUUGAGGGCAGAUGUUUGAUACCCAGGCAGCCUAGAUAAGAAACAGCCUCCGGGCAACAAGGCGGUCACAUAUUGAGGGCAGAUGUUUGAUACCCAGGCAGCCUAGAUAAGAAACAGCCUCCAGGCAACAAGGCGGUCACAUAUUGAGGGCAGAUGUUUGAUACCCAGGCAGCCUCAGGGCAACAAGGCGGUCACAUAUUGAAGGCAGUUAAAUUGUACAAUAUCAAAGACCGAAAAGUACUUACCAAAAAAUGUUUCUGUCAAUGUGUGGAAGUCAAUGAAUGAAUUUAAGCCUUGGAGAUUAAUCAAUGUGAUCGAAACUUUCGCCAGACCUCCCCACUCCUGUUGGGGAUGGAAACACUGUACACACCUGUGUAGGGGAGGAACUAGUCUAUAAGACCAAAAGACAGAUAGCUAUGGUCCUGCUCUUCCUAGCACCUGUCAUACUCCAAGUACUACAUAAACGGCUGAGAGAAACGGGUCUUCUGUGAUAGAAGUUACAGCAUUGUUUUAUUCUCAAAUGAUUUGUUUGUUUGAUCUCCGAAAAUCAUAGAAAUUUCAGUACUGUAUGUACCUGUAAGUAUGUAACUAGUCCCAUUAAUUAUAACCUGUGUUAAGUUAUAGUUCAGGAAGGACAGGAUUGGAUGUGGCUACUUAACAGCAGGGCACUUGGUAUUGUUCUGCCAGAACCAAUCUAAUUAGACUAAAAACCCAAAGGGCCAGUGAGUUUAUGCCAUGGCCUGUGUGGCGUCCGUCUGUCAACUGUUUCUAAAAAUUGCUCCUAGUCAUGAAUACCUUUUUUUCCAAACUUGAUCAGGAGCAUCCUUGGGCAAAGGGGAACCAAUUUUGUAUAAAGGAUUUUGUCUGAAGCAUUCUUGUGUGAAGGGGAACCAAUUUUGUAUAAACGAUUUUGUCUGAAGCAUUCUUGGGUGAAGGGGAACCGAUUUUUGUAUAUAUAAACAGCAGGUCAAGCCUUGUAAAGUAAACCUUGUACAUCAAAACUGCAUGACUGGUUAUACAAAACACAUUUAGAAAAAGGUAGCCAGUUUAACAUUUUAAACAUAUCAUUGAACUAAAUUUAGUUAUCUCGUUAGGAAAAGGCAUGUCCCAAAAUGGGAAAAGUAUUUGUAAUAUAACUUCAGACUUUGUCCAAAUAAAAGAAAUAUCCAGGUGAGAGAUACAGAGCCAAUGGGUCUAUUGUUACAGCAAGUGUUUAGAUUUUAUAAGUACACAAUAAUACAUGUGUGCCCCACUCUAUAUUUUAUCAGGCAGGGUUAUGGUAAAUGUUCUGCUGCCCUGCCCUGCUGGCUGUCCUUGUGUCUGUGUCAUCAAGCUGACAUCUUUUUAUCAAAAUUUACACAAAUGAAAAUAUAUUUCUGGUGGUUUUAUAUUUCAUGUAACAAUGUCAAGGUCAUCAGGAUUAUUUACAGAAAACUGACAACCAAUUUUGUGUCAUACUAGCAAUUUUUUUUUCAUAUGAAUUAGAUUUUAAUAAACUUAACAAAGGACAAAUAUGUGAGUUCUAUAGAAGGAUUCAUGCUAUAAAAUACAAAGUCCUACUUGUAGAUUACUGGUAGUGUUAUCUAUGAAAUAUUAUGUUAUUAGAUUAUAUAAUGUUAAUUGACAAUUUUAAUCGAAAAUGGCGAAUUUUUAAAAAACAUAAUGUGUAAAUUACCAUAUUUUUAAGAGAAUUUUAAUCUUGUACACUUUUUUAUCAUGAGUACAGUAUUUAACAUAAAUAUUACUUUGUCUCAUGAACAAAGGGAGACAACUCCUUGAGACAUCUUUGGUUCUGACUGUAGUGUACCAAGGCUUUACAAAUUGUACCUUGUCUGUACUGAUAGAAUUACCUAAAAUUUUAACCAGAUUGGUUUGAGUUCUCUGUUAACAAGAGAGGUUUGGUUUGAGGGAGUAGACUUGACACAAUGAUCAGCAAUCAUUAGUUUUAAGAUUUUAUGAUUCAAUAAAGAUCUGCAAUUACAUAUACGGCUAAAUAGUAUGCAUGCAGGUCUCUGUAAAUGAGGAAAUUAAUGUACCAAAAUCGUAAUUUUCAUUGAAUUUUAAGCAUGAUUUUAUGAAAUUGAUUUUUUAAUUCCAAUGUUUUAUAAGUCUUUAUUAGUGUGUGAAAUAGCAAGAUUUAUCAAUUAUUUUAACCGUAGUUCAGUGUGUAGUUGUCAGUAAAUUUGAUGUAUUUUACACUUAACACUGUGUAUUUUUCAGCAAAUAUUUAAUGUGCAUAGGAAUUUUCAUCAGAGACUUUAAGAAUAGUUAUGUUCUUCCAAAUUAAUUUAUUGCACACUUUAAAAAGGGUAGAUUCAGGACUUUAUAAGCAAGGGAGAUAACUCUAUUACAUAUCAGUGGGUAUAAUAAUGGCAGAUCACUCACAUUCCAUGGUUGUGUGCAACAUUUUUUCCAUAUUAUUUUGUUUGUGUGUUUUUUUAACAAAAAUUGUUUGAUAUUGUUUUAUGUGCCAAAUAAAACAUUCUUUUUUAACUGAA